GUCAAUAAGCCGGCAGUGGAUCGACCGCGCAUGAACGGCCUGCGCUCCUCUGCGCUCCUCUGCUCUGCGCCCGAUCUCUCGUCUUCUCUUCUCUUCUCCUCUCUCGUCUUCUGCUCUUUAGCGCUCGGAGCUGCGGCUGCGGUACAUCGAUCAGUCGUGGAUUUCAGGCGCCGACGCGCUGACAACGAUUAUGGCUGCUCGCCGAGUGAACUGCUUGCUGGCCGCUGUGGCCGCUUGCCUUUUCCUGUCCUGCAUUCUUCUUGCAGUGCAAGCCAAGGCUGAUAAGGAGGUGAAAGAACUACAGAUAGGAGUGAAGUUCAAGCCAAAGACAUGUGAUGUGAAAGCACACAAGGGCGACAAGGUUAGCGUUCAUUACAGGGGGGCUCUUACCGAUGGGACAGUUUUUGAUGAAAGUUAUGGGAGGGGAGAGCCAAUUGAUUUCGAGCUAGGUGCUGGCCGAGUCAUCAAAGGAUGGGACCAAGGCUUGUUGGGUAUGUGUUUGGGAGAGAAGCGCAAGCUGAAAAUUCCAUCGAAACUCGGCUACGGAGACAAUGGUUCCCCACCCAAGAUACCAGGUGGUGCAACCCUCGUGUUUGAUACAGAGCUUGUUGGCGUGAAUGGGAAGAAGUAUACAAGUGGCACGGACGAAUUGUAGACUGCAAUCUGAGUCAGCCUGUAUCAUGGAAAAGAUCCAAGCUUUAUGGGUUCAGGAAGGGACCUAAGCCCUAAACUGUACCUACAUGAGUGACAAAUGCAUGAGAAGCUUAGACCAUAGAUAGUAGAGAGCUUUCUUGCAGAAGACACGUGGGUUUGGAGAAUCAGAACCUGUGCUGGCCAAACUUGGUAGAAGACAGUUGGCACAGGAAGUAGGCACACUAAGCUGAGAAUCUACAUUGUAUUUCCGGUGAACGAUUUUGGUCAAAUUAUAAAUUUGUAUCUGAGGGUACUUCAAUGUUGGGAAG